AUGUUUAAAUUUGUUGUAUUGUAUGCUCUUUUAGCAUGCUGUAUGGCAAGCACUUUACCUAGUCUUUCUGGCAAAAUAAUAGGGAUUCCCGAAGAAUUGAAUACUCUUCAACGAGAAUCAAAAACAACACCGCAAAUAUUGAAUGGAUUGAAUUAUCAAUCACGGUUCAAGUUGCUGUUGAUCCCUCUUACCGAUGGACAAGACUCUCGCCAGGGUGUUUUAGAGAGAAAUUAUGGAUUCAAAUUUGAUCUGUUGGCUCCAGGUGAGUACCAAUUGAUAGUAAAUUCACAUGAUUUCUUGUUGAAUCUGGAGAGAUUCAGAGUCUUUGUGGAAGAUACAGAAAGGGACCAACAAAUAGAAGAUGACGAACAAACCCCAAUUCAACAAAUCAAGGUUUAUCAAGAAAAAUUAAUAAAGGAGUCAUAUAAUGUAUCAUCUGGACAAAUAAUUACCAAAGAAACUCCACUUGUCAUUGAAAUAAAAGGUUACAAAGAAUAUUAUGAAAUUCGCCUGGGAAGUAUUUGGGAUAUGGUGAUGAAUAGUCCAUUUGGAUUCAUCUUUGCGAAUAAGGUGUACACUAUUUUAUUCACCAUUUGUUCAGGAAUAAUUGUGACCCCAUAUAUUCUUCUGUAUGUUGCACCUGAGUUUGCCAAUCAAUUUGAAGAGGUACAACAAAGGGUCAACGAAGGAAGACAAGGUCAAACUAUCCAAAACAGAGACGUACCACAAGGACGUCUUGCUCCUUCGGCUGCCAAACCUGGUUCAGGACUUAGACAAAGAAAAUAA